AUGAACGCAAGUGAAAAAAAAGAUACCCCACAACCAAAAAUCAUCCACGAAGGUGUUAAGAUGCAUGAUUCUGAUACCGCAAUUGCAGCAGAACCUCUUCUUGAUCAACAUUCAGACUCACCGCAACAGCCUCUUCAGAAUGAUAACAUAAUUCUAGCUAAUCCUCUGGUUCCAAACCUACUUUGUUCACCGUAUCAACCACCUGGAUCAGAAUCGCAGUCACAGCAUGACUCACAAGAAAAUUAUUUAAUAUCACAGCAAUAUAAUACUCUAUUAGAACAACCAUCUUUUGAGCAAUAUACCUUAUUUUACCCGUCAUACAAUUAUCACAAUUAUCCUUAUAUGAAUAACGUGUUUUAUAUUACUCAUCAUUGGAUUUUAUAUGAAAUUACUUACUUACCGCCACCGCAAUCAUUCGAGUUCGGUUUAGGAGAAAAGCAAAUAAAGAUGGUAUUUUUAACCGAUCUCUUCUCAAGUCGGUGA